CUGGCGCUGAGGGGACCAGCGGGUCCCAUGGGUCUGACGGGGCGGCCGGGCCCCAUGGGACCCCCGGGCAGUGGCGGACUAAAGGGAGAAGCUGGAGAAAUGGGACCCCAAGGUCCACGAGGCAUCCAGGGUCCUCCCGGUCCGGCAGGAAAACCAGGCCGUCGGGGACGAGCUGGCAGCGACGGUGCCCGGGGGAUGCCAGGCCAGACGGGACCAAAGGGUGACCGAGGGUUUGAUGGCUUGGCUGGUUUGCCUGGUGAGAAGGGAAAUAGAGGUGAGCCAGGCCCCCACGGACCCCCGGGGGCACCUGGAGAGGAUGGGGAGAGGGGAGAUGAUGGAGAAGUCGGACCCAGAGGUCUGCCUGGAGAACCUGGACCCCGAGGACUGCUGGGACCGAAGGGGCCACCCGGACCCCCAGGGCCACCGGGUGUGGCUGGUAUGGAUGGACAAACAGGUCCCAAGGGGAAUGUGGGUCCUCAAGGCGAGCCGGGUCCCCCAGGACAGCAGGGUAACCCGGGUGCUCAGGGUCUUCCAGGUCCACAAGGCGCGAUCGGUCCCCCAGGAGAGAAGGGGCCGUUGGGCAAACCCGGUCUCCCUGGCAUGCCUGGCGCGGAUGGUCCUCCGGGUCAUCCUGGCAAGGAAGGUCCUCCUGGAGAGAAGGGCAGUCAGGGUCCACCAGGUCCUCAGGGCCCCAUCGGUUAUCCAGGACCACGCGGAGUCAAGGGAGCAGAUGGUGUUCGUGGAUUGAAAGGUACCAAAGGUGAAAAGGGUGAAGAUGGCUUCCCUGGCUUCAAAGGUGAUAUGGGCAUCAAAGGAGACCGGGGGGAAAUUGGCCCUCCUGGCCCCCGGGGUGAGGAUGGUCCUGAAGGUCCCAAAGGUCGCUCUGGCCCCAAUGGAGAUCCCGGUCCUCUUGGUCCUGCUGGAGAGAAGGGAAAACUCGGCGUGCCAGGACUGCCCGGCUACCCGGGCAGGCAGGGCCCAAAGGGCUCCAUCGGCUUCCCAGGAUUUCCAGGAGCCAACGGAGAGAAGGGCACACGGGGGACACCUGGCAAACCAGGUCCAAGGGGGCAGCGCGGUCCAACGGGUCCACGUGGGGAAAGAGGCCCUAGGGGAAGCACUGGGAAACCUGGCCCUAAGGGCAACUCUGGUGGUGAUGGCCCCCCUGGUCCUCCUGGCGAAAGGGGACCACCAGGGCCUCAAGGACCAACUGGAUUUCCUGGACCAAAAGGCCCCCCUGGUCCUCCUGGGAAGGAUGGAUUGCCUGGUCACCCCGGACAGAGAGGAGAAACCGGUUUCCAAGGCAAGACUGGCCCUCCAGGACCCCCCGGGGUUGUUGGCCCUCAGGGUCCGACUGGUGAGACUGGGCCGAUGGGUGAACGAGGACAUCCAGGCCCUCCAGGUCCCCCAGGUGAACAAGGUCUUCCUGGCCUCACUGGAAAAGAAGGGACCAAGGGGGACCCUGGUCCCGCCGGCCUCCCAGGGAAGGAUGGUCCCCCCGGCUUGCGAGGCUUCCCUGGAGAGAGAGGUCUCCCUGGCCCCAUUGGUGCUCCAGGGCUGAAAGGCAACGAAGGUCCCCCAGGCCCCCCUGGUCCAGCAGGUUCUCCUGGUGAGCGCGGUCCCGCGGGCUCAGCUGGCCCCAUAGGCUUGCCAGGGCGACCUGGCCCCCAGGGACCUCCAGGACCCGCAGGUGAAAAGGGAGCCCCAGGGGAGAAGGGUCCUCAAGGACCGGCCGGCCGGGAUGGCAUCCAGGGUCCUGUGGGACUGCCGGGUCCUGCAGGUCCCGUCGGCCCCCCCGGAGAGGAUGGAGACAAGGGCGAGAUCGGGGAGCCUGGCCAGAAGGGCAGCAAGGGCGACAAGGGCGAGCAGGGUCCACCAGGUCCUACUGGCCCACAGGGUCCGAUCGGUCAGCCUGGCCCAGCGGGUGCUGAUGGAGAGCCAGGUCCUAGGGGACAGCAAGGCCUCUUUGGUCAGAAAGGUGAUGAAGGACCCCGAGGUUUCCCUGGUCCCCCCGGCCCAGUGGGCUUGCAGGGCUUGCCUGGACCUCCUGGGGAGAAGGGAGAAACAGGUGAUGUUGGGCAAAUGGGCCCCCCAGGCCCACCUGGACCCAGAGGUCCAUCCGGCCCACCUGGAGCAGAUGGUCCACAAGGUCCUCCCGGGGGAAUAGGAAAUCCUGGUGCAGUGGGAGAGAAGGGUGAACCUGGGGAAUCUGGUGAGCCUGGUCUCCCCGGCGAGGUUGGCCUCCCAGGUCCUAAAGGUGAAAGAGGUGAAAAGGGUGAAGCAGGUCCCUCUGGUGCUGCUGGUCCACCUGGCCCCAAAGGUCCCCCAGGCGAUGACGGUCCCAAAGGCAGCCCUGGUCCCGUUGGUUUCCCUGGUGACCCUGGUCCUCCUGGAGAGCCUGGUCCAGCUGGUCAAGAUGGUCCCCCUGGUGACAAAGGUGACGAUGGCGAACCUGGGCAGACUGGUUCCCCUGGUCCCACAGGAGAGCCAGGCCCCUCCGGACCCCCAGGAAAAAGGGGCCCUCCUGGUCCAGCCGGUCCUGAAGGAAGGCAAGGAGAGAAAGGAGCCAAGGGUGAAGCUGGUUUGGAAGGACCUCCUGGGAAGACUGGUCCAAUUGGUCCCCAAGGUGCUCCAGGGAAGCCUGGCCCUGAUGGUCUUCGAGGAAUUCCUGGUCCAGUCGGUGAACAAGGUCUCCCGGGAUCCCCUGGCCCAGAUGGUCCUCCAGGCCCAAUGGGCCCGCCGGGUUUGCCUGGUCUUAAAGGAGACUCUGGUCCUAAAGGGGAGAAGGGUCAUCCAGGUUUAAUUGGUCUUAUUGGACCGCCAGGAGAGCAGGGAGAAAAGGGCGACAGAGGUCUCCACGGCCCCCAGGGCUCGGCAGGACCCAAAGGAGAGCAGGGUAUCACAGGUCCUUCUGGACCAAUCGGACCUCCAGGGCCACCAGGAUUACCGGGUCCACCUGGUCCCAAAGGUGCUAAAGGAUCAUCAGGUCCAACAGGUCCAAAGGGUGAAUCGGGUCUUCCUGGGCCCCCAGGGCCUCCUGGUCCUCCUGGAGAAGUCAUCCAGCCGCUGCCCAUCCAGUCUUCCAAGAGGACCAGGCGCAACAUUGACGCCAGCCAGCUGGUGGACGAUGGAAAUGGUGACAACUACAUGGACUAUGCAGAUGGCAUGGAGGAAAUUUUCGGGUCGCUGAAUUCCUUGAAACUGGAAAUUGAGCAAAUGAAGCAUCCAUUGGGCACUCAACACAACCCAGCGCGUACCUGCAAGGAUCUGCAGCUCUGUCAUCCUGAUUUCCCAGACGGUGAAUACUGGGUUGAUCCUAACCAAGGAUGUUCCAGGGACUCUUUCAAAGUUUACUGUAAUUUCACAGCUGGUGGAGAGACUUGCAUCUUCCCUGAUAAGAAAUCUGAAGGAGCUAGAAUAACUUCUUGGCCAAAGGAAAACCCAGGCUCCUGGUUCAGUGAAUUCAAGCGCGGUAAACUGCUCUCCUAUGUGGAUUCGGAUGGGAACCCCAUCGGAGUGGUGCAGAUGACUUUCCUCCGGCUCCUGAGCGCUUCAGCCCAUCAGAACAUCACUUACAACUGCUACCAGUCCGUCGCCUGGCACGACGCCACCACCGACAGCUAUGACAAAGCCAUCCGCUUCCUGGGCUCCAACGACGAGGAGAUGUCCUACGACAACAACCCCUACAUCCGAGCCACCCUCGACGGCUGCGCGGCGAGGAAGGGCUAUCAGAAGACUAUCCUGGAAAUCAACACGCCCAAAGUAGAGCAAGUACCUAUAGUCGACAUCAUGUUCAAUGACUUUGGAGAAGCAUCACAGAAAUUUGGAUUCGAGGUGGGACCAGCUUGCUUCAUGGGCUAAGAGCCACCUGAAAACUAGUCUCCAAAUGAGCAACCUCGUAACCUCAUUGCGCCAUUUAAUUAAUUAAAAAGAAAAAAAAAAAAAAGAAAGAAAAAAAGA